CUUUUUUUCCUGUUUUUUUUUUUUUUUUUUUUUUUUUUUUGCGCCAAACAAAAAACUGCUGAAUUUUAGUUCAAGGAGCAAGAAUAUCUGAUUCACUGAUCUACAUUAAUCUAAUGUAGAAAUCAAACCCAGCCAACCUAAAGAGCAGCUGUAUUCAGUCAACUGCAUGUCGUAUACUUUGUGGAAACUCCUUGUUUUCAGUGCCGUAAGCCCAUUUUCUUCUUUUACAAGCUGACCUAAAAUAGAAGAACAACAGUCUUGGCCAUGGUCAUGCCAUCCAUGGAGAAAUCAAAUGCACCAGUCUGCAGGUUAAGACGAUAUGCAUUUCCACUGGCUUGUUUUCUUUGGACAUCAUUCUGUUUGGCUCUGUGGGCAUUGAAUGAUGGGAUUUACAUAAAACAGUUUCAGCCCCCCAGACCUAAACCAGCUUUCCGAAAUAACAUUUCAUCCAUAAUAUCAGCGGUUGACAUGGGAAUCAGUGAUGAGGAGUGGGAAAGACUACAGAAGGCUCUGGAAUGGCCAAUUCCAGAUCAAGAAAUCACUCGCGUGAAUCAGAGCACUAGUCCAGUCCACUCAACAUUCUCUAUCGUGGGACUCAAGGAGAGUUACAAAGUGGGAGAAAAGAUCUCUGUUAUUAUCAGAGCCAGAGACCACAACAAGAAACUGAAAAGAUAUGGAGGAGACUUUUUCAAAGCAAAACUUUACAGUACAGGACUAAAGGCGAGUGUGUACGGGGAGGUUGUGGAUCAUCAUAAUGGAACUUACUCGGUUGCUCUUCUUCUGCCCUGGGAAGGUCAGGCACAUGUUCAUGUACGUCUGGAGCACUCCAGUGAGGUUGUGCAGAUUCUUAAAAAAUACAGGGAUUCUUCAUUCCCACGCAGCCACUAUAGUGGCUACUUUGAAGGAUCAGGAUCCAAUAAAACCAGGAUCAGUGAAGUAGUAGAAUGUAAUCUUAAGUGGGGUGCAGAUGGAAGUUGGAGGAAAGGCGACUGCUGUUGUGAGCACAAGGAUAUAAGAACAGGGACAGUGUGGCAAUGUGAGAGACCGAAGAAACUUUCCUGUGACAAACUGGUUCAUCACUCACGAGGACGUUUGGAAAACCCAUUAAAUCCUUUUGAGCAGCAGCUUUUUACAAAGAAGUUAACAAAUGUUGCUAUUAGUGGAGACCAAAAAAUUAUACAUGUCCUUCCCAACACUGCAUCCAUUGGUAUGUUUACAUAUGGACCGUAUGAGACUGGAAGCGAGAUUGUGGAACGAUUUGGAUGUGAACAAGCAAGGUCCUCGAGCCGGGACUCAAACUCAGGCACGGUGGAGAAAUGCAGGUCUGGCAUGAUGACACCGGUUCCUGCAGGGUUUUAUUUGAGAGAUGUCUGGAAGUCUUUUGUAUGCAACACUCGACAGUUCAGUUCUGCACAAAUGGGAAAUUGUCUUAAAAACAAGAUUGUCUAUUUGAUGGGAGACUCCACCACGAGGCAGUGGUUUGAAUACUUAGAAAGAAACGUGCCAGGCAUAAAAAGAAUGGACCUCCAGACUCCUCGUACAGGUGGACCCUUGAUGGCUGUGGAGUUGAUAAAUAAUAUCAUUAUUCACUGGAGGCCACACGGUGUUCCUUUGCGAUUUACUAAAAUGCUUAUUACUGACCUGCAUUAUAUCAGCAAUGAUAUUGAUGAAAUAGCUGGUGGACCUCAUGCAGUCAUUGUCUUCACAUUCUUUGCUCACCUGGUUUUUCACCCAAUAACAUUUUACGUGUAUGAAGUUGCCAAAAUCCGUCAGUCUGUUGUUGCACUGCUGAGCCGUGCUCCAGAGACCACCGUCAUCAUAAAGUCUGGAAACACUGCAGGCCUAAAGAAUAUUUUUCAAAGUGACUGGCACGUGCUGCAGUUGGACACAGUGAUGCAGGAGAUGUUCAGAGAUAUCGAAGGAGUCAUCUACUUGGAUGUCUGGCAGAUGACUUCCUGUCACUAUCUAAGUGAAGACAUUCACCCAGGACCUGUCAUUGUUGCUAAUGAAGUCAACAUGUUGCUCUCAUAUGUCUGUCCUAUCUGAGGCCUGUUCAAGUUAAUUUGGUUGCAUAAAGAAAAUGGGAAACUAACCUGAUCAGGAGAAGGCUAACUGUCAAGAUGUUACUUUCUUUAACACUGACCCAAUGGAAGCAUGAUGAUAAUGCAACCACUGACUGUUUGGCAGGUUACAAUAUUAUUUGACUUUAUUAAAUACUAUCACACAGCAAAAUCUCCAGAGUUAAAUCAACUCUGCUCAGAGUGCAUAUUUUCCCAAUCUACAGAGAGUUAAAAUAACACCGAAGCAGUGUUAAAGUUCAUGAGAU